CGCCCCCGUGCGGACGGCCCGGGGAAAGGAGGGAGGGAAAGAAAGGAAGGAAGGAAGGAAGGAGGUCUCCUAUGGCCGCCGCUCCGCCGCCGCCUCCCUGCUAUGUUUAUAGCCCCGAAUACGUGGCGCGAUGCGACGCUCUCUGCAAAGUGCCCCGGAGGGCCAGCAUGGUGCACUCCUUGAUCAAGGCCUACUCGCUGCUGGAUCACAUGAGGAUUGUCCGGCCCAAAGUGGCCUCCAUGGAGGAGAUGGCCACCUUCCACACAGACGCCUACCUGCAUCACCUGCGGAAGGUUAGCGAAGAGGGCGACGACGAUGACCCGGAGUCUGUGGAAUACGGACUGGGUUACGACUGUCCAACCAGCGAAGGGAUCUUUGACUACGCAGCAGCUGUAGGAGGGGCCACUAUCACAGCCGCCCAGUGCUUAGUGGACGGGAAGUGCCAGGUGGCCAUCAACUGGCAUGGGGGCUGGCAUCAUGCUAAAAAAGAUGAAGCUUCCGGCUUCUGUUACCUGAACGAUGCUGUCCUGGGCAUUUUGCAGCUGCGGCGGAAGUUUGAGCGUGUCCUGUACGUCGACCUCGACCUACAUCAUGGGGACGGUGUAGAAGAUGCCUUCAGCUUCACCUCCAAGGUCAUGACAGUGUCUCUGCAUAAAUUUUCACCUGGUUUUUUCCCAGGAACGGGAGAUGUGACGGAUGUGGGCCUGGGGAAGGGGCGCUACUACAGCGUCAACGUGCCCAUCCAAGAUGGCAUACAGGACGAGCGAUACUACCAAAUCUGCGAGACGGUGCUGAAGGAAGUCUAUGCAGCAUUUAGUCCUGAGGCUGUGGUCCUGCAGUUGGGGGCAGACACCAUUGCCGGGGACCCCAUGUGCUCCUUCAACCUGACCCCCGAAGGGAUUGGCAAGUGCCUGCGGUACGUCUUGCAAUGGCAGCGCCCAACCCUCGUCCUGGGAGGAGGGGGCUACCAUCUUGCCAACACGGUCCGGUGCUGGACCUACUUGACUGCAGUCAUUCUAGGGAGAACGUUAUCCUCAGAGAUCCCGGAUCAUGAGUUCUUCACAGAAUACGGCCCAGAUUAUGUGUUGGAGAUCACACCAAGUUGCAGACCUGACCGCAAUGAACCGAAGAGAAUCCAGGAAAUCCUCAACUGUGUAAAAGGGAACCUGAAACAUGUGGCAUAGCAGUGCCUGCUUCCUCUCUGACAAACAUCUCAUGGAGAAGAGUGCAGCUGGGAAGUGGUCAACAGUGGAUGAGGGAUUCUGGAAGCAUCUCUGCUGGGGCUCCGAGUGUCAUCCCACUCGGGCUCCUUGGGGCCCGCUCACCCCUUGCUGCUGCUGCCGUUGCUGUUUGGUACCUGUUUUCUGAUAGAGCUGAUUCUCUGAAGGACGCUCUUAGGUACCAGAGCCAGGAGACACUGUCUGUUACUGAGCAUCAGAGCCUGGCUCUUUGCGGCAACAGUCUGCCAUCCACUUUCACUUGAUUUAGGGGUGUGAGACCCUCACAAAAGUUGAAAAACUUCUCUAGGAAUCUCUAGGUCCUCCAUCACAACUCUGUGGUCAACUUCCCUCAAAUGUUGACAGUAGAAUAUCACUGGAGGACCUAGAGAGACUAUUUUACUUAAAUCUGCAAAUAAUCAGAUCUCAACAGUCUAAACUGGAAAUGUGGAGGGCUGAUUGUAAAUAGUUCAUUCCAUUGAGGGCAACUGAACAGCAGGAGAAAGGGAGUUGGGGGGAACCUUCCUGCCUCUUUUAUUGCCUUUGUCUGCUGCCAGGGAGAAAGCUGAUUUGAAAAGCUGUUUGCCUUGGAAAUAAAAGUUUUUGAUAUA